AUGACUGUCAUACAUUCGGGAAUGCGAGGCGUAUUAAGGGCAAGACUCGUCAGGAACAUAUAUUCAAUGGAUUUUUUUGGCGAUGAGUUCACAAACGCGGAUUGUAAUUGGUUGAUGGAGAACGCUCGGGAUAAUGAUCCAGAUGGUAAUGGACAGCUGAAAGCUCAAAUCAUCAGCGCGAUCGACCAGACGGACAACAUGGUCUGGGUGAUUAAAGUUCUAAACCGAGGAAAAUCUUACAUUGCGAACAAUGAGCGGCCCUCUCAAUCGGAGCCACCAUUCGACGAUAAAAUCAAACCCAUACCGAACUUGAAUCCACAGGAUAAAACAACAGAAGAGCUCGUCGGUGCUGUGGAAACACUGAUCAGGGCGUUCGGUGCUCUUUCUGCCUACGUCAACAAGAAUGCAUAUGUAAUGAGUACAGAGGCUACUCGCCCUUGUGACUCCUUCAAGACCCAUUUAUCCAACGCUGGACACUCGCUUCAACAAUUUUCUCGCGAGAACGUUUUCAGUAAGUGCUGCAGCUCUCAACGCAUAGCAAUAAAUAGGGCCAGAUCCAUAACCUUGAGGUCCGAUGGUGGGGCGACAGAAGUGGUGAAGGCCCGGCCCGGGUUUCUUGUGGGCCCCGCAUCCUUACUCUCUACCACCAUCUCUCACAUACUAACUACAUUCUCGCUUGAAAUCAGAGUCUCGAAACCCUUCAUGAACUACCUUCCACCCGAGUUAUGGCUCUUGAUCGCAGGAUACGCGCGUCGGAAAGAUCUCAUGUCCCUUGCGAGGGUCUCCUCCAUGCAUCUCAAUACUUCUCGUCCUAUGAUUUAUCGCUGCAUCUCUCUCAGGAGCUCGGAUUGUGCCCCAGAGACAGAAUACCUUCUGCUACGAUCGGCAGUGGCUUUCAGUACCGAAAAUUUGGAGUUAAUUACAGAUUCAUCGAGGACGCCUAAUGUCGAAUGGCCACCAGUCGAUAGCAUCAAGCGCAUGGUAAACCUUCGCCACUUGGCGCUGCGGGGGGACGCCCUAUUUCCUCGGAAGUCGGUCCAGGACAAAUUUCUCGAUGCGUUGAAGAAUUACUGCCCGCAUUUGAAGGAAAUCGAGGUCAACUUCAAGUUCUCGCCUGAGUUUAGCCCCGACUUCGAUCUUCCAGGUCUCCGAAAAGUGGAAUGGUGUUGGUCCUCUGAUGUUGAUACUCCCGACACUCCAUUCCACUAUUCGCUCUUUCUCCUGCAGGCAUCUCAGACCACAUUGACCCAUAUUUGGUUCCCUGGGGUGCUCGAUGCGGUCGAGCAGGACUAUUUUAUACCGUUCAGUACCUUCCACUUCCCUUCGCUCCAGUCAUUAGUUUUGGGGUACUGGUACGACGUCGACUCGCCCGAGGUUCCGGCCGCCCUUACUCGCUUCCUUAUUGCCCAUCCAACCCUCACCGAAAUUUGUCUGGGAUAUUGCCGCGACGACGAGAGUCGUAUCUAUCUCGAUUCAGAUGUCCUUCAAGAGGGCACGACUCCCAUCCUUCCUUCCCUGCGCCGCCUACACGCGCAUCCAUCACCGAUUCGGGCUCUCGCCAAAUACGCGCCGCAGUCCCUUCGCUCGUUGACAACCCUUGAAGUGGGUACAGGGCAUGAGGCGGAAUUCGAAAUCGAAGACCACUUCAAGGAUCUCCUAGCUGCCCUUCAAGAUAUCGGAAGCCUGCCCAACAUGAAGAAAGUCGGAUAUUACACAGGCGAGUCGGCGGAGCUCAUGAUGGGGCUAUUCUCGAGAUGCAUGAUGCAUUUUUCGUCGCUCUUCCCACAUGUGGAAGUAUGGGUCGGCGACCUGCCCUGCGAGUUGGAAGCGCCGCUGACGGCUGAUUCAUUCGCGGAAUUGCUGUCCAAGUUCACUAGUUUGCGCGAGGUUUUCGUGCGGUCGCCGUCACCCUAUUUUUCGGUCCUUGAUGGGACAAGGGUGUUAGCGACUCGAUGCCCCCAUCUCGAGCGGCUAAUCUCCAGGAACCGGGGCAGUGCAGGCGUCAUUCUCGUCAGGAUUUCUCGGGAUAGGGAAGGGCACAUAAAUUUGGCUGAAAUUACGGAAGAAGAUACUUCAUUCGACGAGAUGUCGGAAAGUUGGCAUUGGAUCAGGACCUAG